GUAAGCUAGGAAUUGUCAUUUAAAUUUGUCACGACAUUUAAAUGACUUAUUUUACACAUUUGGAUUUUAUGAAAAAAUGUUUAAGAUUCCGCAAUUUUGCAAAUCGGCCAUUUCAGUGAUUUGCCCGGCAGGAUGUCAAUUUCAGUUUCAUGCGGUUUGACAAUCUCACCAAAUAUCGUUUGUCCUGCAACCAAAAUGUCAACAAAUUAUUGUCAGCACCAGGUAUGAUUGAUGUUGCCACACAUGAGUUCACUACACCUGUCAGGGAGGUUCUGAAACCUGAACAAAUGCCAGCAUGGGAAAGUUCACAGGCCUACAGAGAUCUUGUUGGGUUUAUUAUAGCCAUGAACGAAGCUGUGAAAAAUAAAAGUUUAAAUGAUGAAUGUCAUAUAUCUCAGCUCACUACAAAUCUGUUAGACAUGUUAAACACAAUAUCCUCAUGGAUAGAUGAGAUCCCGCCAGUAGAUCAACCGCAGAGGUUUGGCAACAAAGCUUUCAAGGAUGUAUACUCUAGACUACAGGAGAAAGGUGAAUCUAUAGUUAAAGCUGCAUUAGAUGAGCAGUACCAAAGGGCUGCCCCAGAAAUUUAUAUGUAUUUGGUGGAAAGUAUUGGGAAUUCUACCAGAAUAGAUUAUGGAUCAGGUCAUGAGUUAUCAUUUAUUGCAUUUUUGUGCUGCCUUUUUAAAAUUGGUGCCUACACACAAGAGGACUCGGUAGCAGCAGUUAAUAAGGUUUUUCAAAGGUAUAUAGAAGUGAUGAGGAAGAUGCAGCAGACAUAUAACAUGGAGCCUGCAGGCAGCCAUGGCGUCUGGAGCCUUGAUGAUUAUCAGUUCGUACCUUUUCUCUGGGGAAGCUCACAGUUACUAGAUCACAAAAGAAUUCACCCCAAGUCUUUCCCAAAGCCAGAAGUAUAUGAAUAUUUUGCUAAGGACUACAUGUUUUUAGGUUGUGUAAAGUUUAUAAACCAGGUAAAAACGGGUCCGUUUGCUGAGCACUCUAACCAGUUGUGGAACAUCAGUGGAGUGCCCCACUGGCAUAAAGUGAACUCUGGACUUGUGAAAAUGUACAAGGCAGAGGUACUUGCAAAGUUCCCUGUAGUGCAGCACUUCUUAUUUGGCUCCAUACUGUCCAUAAAGCCUGCGUGAUGACCACUGGGCAGUUUUAAGACCUGGACAGCUUCACAAUUGACCUCAUGGACAUUGCUAACAUACAAUGUGAACAAAUGCUUUUAAAUGAGUUCUAACAGUUACACGGAUGAGAUUUUUCUGACUGUCCAUGGAUUUCUGGCCUAUUUGGGAGCCAAAAAUAUCAUUGGCCUAGGUAACCCCCUGGAACCCAGGCCAUAUUUUAUGACUUUUCAAUAAAUAGCAGUCUCACCUCUGUGGUUCCAGUACGAGCACAAGCCACUGAACAGAGGAAUUAUUAGAUCUGAAUGUUACAUACAUACACAUUCAGUGUUUAUUGAUAGUGCUACAGGUAUGAAGAAUUUUUUUUUGCUCUGUUUAAUAAUUACAUGAAAACUUUCAUGGCGAAAGGGAGUCACUGGGAUACUCGACACAGGAGAUUUAUAAAUAUGCUGGCAUAUCCCAACCAAUACUGCCUUCUGUCAAGAGUUGACUCCCAUGUGAUACUGCAUGUAAUAGACAACGAGGAAAAAAGAUGAGGUCUGUUUUGAGUGAAUGCAAUCUGAUUGGGGUAAUACUUCAACUUAAUAUAUUUGUUUCAGCUUGAGAUCUCUGCUUGGGAUGAUGUAUCAGCUUGAGGGCCUUGCUUUGGAUUCUAAGUUGACUGUUAAUAAGGUUAAAUGGAAAUUUAUUUUGAAAUCCUAACCCUUGCAUUCAUCUACAGGGCCAUAAAAUGAGACACCAAAGCCGUGGAAAAUAUUAAGACGUUUCAUCAAUAGAUGGCAUACAUGCAGUGUUCUUACAUCAGUGAAGAAGGCAGAUUGUUGAAGCACUAAGAAUGUGAGCUCACAGCUUCAAAAACUGGGAACUCUGGAUUAGCAUUUUGAGAGGAAUCUACAAAAUAAAACAGUAUUUAUUAUAAACAAUCA